AUGGACCAGACAUCUUGGAGAUUCCCUAUGCCAAUUGGAACUUGUCCAACAAAGUUAUUCCUUGGGAUGUUAAACAACAGCAAACGGGUUGCAUUGGAGAUGGAAGCCGGGAUAGGACCCGAGAUUUUGUUCAUACCAAUGCCAAAUUGUUGGAGAUUAGGAAGUGUGAAGAACAUGUUGGAAGGUAGAGAGCCAUUAAAUUGGUUGGCUCCAGCUGAGAAGAAAGAUAGAGAUGACAGAUUAAAGAGUGUAGAAGGAAGCAUACCAGAUAGUUUGUUGUCUGCAAUAGAGAUAAAGGUCAAGUUUUUGAGAUGGCCUAGUUCUUCUGGUACAUUUCCCUCCAAAUUAUUGCGCCCCAAAGCGAGACCACGAAGAGAUGAAAAUUUCCAUAUGAACGAAGGUAUUCCACCUGUCAAAUUGUUCAUACCAAUAGAUAAAAGUUAUAGCUUAGUUAGAAAGCUAAGCUCCAUGGGAAUUUUGCCAACAAGUUUGUUUCCUGAUAAACUCAACCUUUUGAGUUCAGAACAACUAGACAAGUUGGUUCAGGGCAGUGACCCUUUGAUGCCUGAGGCUGCAUGUGACUCCAUGCCACUUGCAAAACCAGCAGAAAAAGGCAAGUGA